CCAAAAUAUUUUCACUUCAAACCGUGUUUAUUUUUACGUAAUAUUGCACUAAACAAAAUGUCAGUGUUUUGGUAAACAAAAAUGAUCAAAUGCAUCCUGUUCUCGGAAAGACUUGGUCCCUUAACUUAUAUACUGGGAUCAACACAAAUUAGAACUUUGACAAUAGUGACCUACACACAAAUCGAAGAAUGCUACAACAUCCUGAAAGUCCCACUUAAUUCUAAGCAACAUGUAGUGCGAGCAGCGUUUUUAGAUUUGGCCAAGAUUUACCACCCUGAUUCUGGUUCACCAGAAGCUUGUAUUGAGAAAUUUGUAGACAUCGAAAAUGCGUUCCGUAUACUUACUAAGCACAACACGGGGAAGAGCAGCCAAGAAGAUGUGGAGAAAAUAGUACAUGAUAUUAGACACACAGCGCCACAGCACCGGCAGUACCUGAGCUUCGACGGCGUAGGCUACGGCACACCGUUCCAGAGAGAGAAGCAAUGGGCUCAGGCCCGCGCUCAGCGAGCUGCAUCCAACGUAAUGGAGCACCGGGUCUCUAAAGCUGUAGCUUCGGAGAACACACUUAUGAAGAAGGGUCAGGCUUACGGAAAGAAGCACGACAUUAAAACGAAAUACGGCUUCGACCGUCUAGUGGAAGACCUUAUCCAAGAAUCGAUGUCGAAAGGCGAGUUCGAGAAGCUCAGCGGCAUUGGCAAGCCCUUGAAGGAUCAGAACACAAACCCUUACGUCGACUUUACUACGCACAAGCUGAAUGAGGUGCUAAUAAACAACGGUUUCGUCCCAGAAUGGAUAACGAUGAACAAAGAAAUAGACCAGGACAUAGAAGCCCUAAAGGACGAGAUCAGACGCGACAGGAGCUACCUCGGCCCUUACCCUUUAUCAGAACAAGACAUCCCAAAAUGGGACCGCAUAUGCGAAGCGAACAGGGAACUAGCCAAAUCUAUAAACACUAAAAUUAAUACGUAUAAUUUAAUAGUCCCUUUGAUAAAUAAUCAGAAAUUCCAUGUAGAUUUCGACAACAUAUGCGAAGAUGUUUUGUUGAGUGGAAUACAUUCAGUUAAACCAGAUACUAAUGUGAAAGAAAAGUCUGUACCUAUAGUUUCGAAUAGCUCAGACCACGAUUUUAUUGGAGUGUUUUUUAAAGCUUUAGGGGAUUUAUUCACUUUCAAAUCUAAGAAAAAUGUAGAUAGUUAAGUGGAAUAUUUAUUCAAAAAGUGGCCAUAAGCCGACAUUGA